CAUCCAAUAUCUGCCAUUGACAGCUCCCGCGCGCUCGAAGGGCCAAUCUACCCUAUCCUCGCUUCCAGUUUCCACCGCUCUGCAGACACUGCGCUUCUCUCUUUUCGCCAUGUCUACCACAAUCUCCCGUAUGUUGAUCCGGCAAUCACGGACAGUGAUCCGACGACCUGCGAUUAGACACUCGUCCACAGCACAGGAAACCGCUGCAAAGGCCAAAGAUGCCGCCUCUUCAGCCACCUCGAAGGCCUCGGAGGGGCUGACAAAGGUGACUGCUGCUGCUGGUCCAGCCCUCGCUGGCGCCGUGUCUGGUGUUGGCGGUGCUUUGAAGAAAGUUGGAGGACGAACUGCCAAACUCGUCGCCUUCGUCGAAUCUUUAAUACCACCAACCAUCUAUUACUCGAGAGUCGGCCUUGAGCUGUCGAAGAUAGUCUUCCGCGGCCAGAAGAUGGCACCACCAGACAUGGCCACCUUCCAAUCGUACCUCCACUCUGCUUUCAACUCCCUCCGCCAGCCGUCCGUCCUCUUCGCCAGCCUAAGAAAUCCAAACGGCAGCAUUGCCCGUCUCCGAAACCUUGACGCAAAGCAGUGGGCAAUCGUUGGCAUCACCACCGCCGAAGUCAUCGGAUUCUUCUCCGUCGGAGAGAUGUUGGGGCGAUUCAAGGUGGUAGGCUACAGAGGAGAGGUUUCUCAUCAACAUUAG